UCCUUUUCUGAUGCCACUUUGCUUCAGCAGCCUCUUGACCAAAGACCUUUCCACGAAGAACCCCACUUUCUCGUCGUUUCUCUUCCAUAAUGGCAAAAUCGUUCACAACCCAUUCACCAGAAAUAAUAGAUUCUCCGAUUUCCAGAAGAGAAACCGCAAAAAAUGGCGAAAUCGGUAACCAUUUCGGUGAAACGCUCUUCUCUUCUUGUGUCUGUGCUUUUCUAUUUUGCUUUCUCUGGAUCUUCAUCUUCUCUGGAGGCAGCGACAACUUGUCCUUUGAGCUUCGACCAUGUUGUGAGAAUCCCAUGGAACACCACCGAUUGUCGGAACUUCGAUAAAUCUGCAGAUAGGAAGAACAGCUGUUGCCAAUCGGUUUUGUCUCUCAUAGGGAUAUCCAUGGCUCAACACCUCAAGCAAACUUCCAGAUUCCGUCUCCCCGAUCUCGCGACCUCCGUCUCAUGCCUCCGUGAUUUCCAGGAGAAGCUCGAUUCUCUCUCUCUGCCCACGAAUUUGACUUCCACGUGCUUUGAUCCGAUGCAGUUCGUCAUCUCUCCAGACUCCGGUUGCGCCCGGAUUCAGACAACUCAGGACUGGGUCUCAAAACUCGGCGACUCGACUCCGCUUGACUCAGCCUGCUCCGGCGACCUCACCGACCUCACGCGCUGCGACGCGUGCGUGGCAGCUGGGUUUAGGGUUCAGUCACAGUUGCUGGCUUUGGAUGGUAACAGCUCUCACGCUAUGAACUGUUACCAUUUUGCUGUUGUUUAUGCUGCUGGUGUUGUGAAUAACUUAGGACCAGAAAGUGAUGGAGCUUUGACUUGUAUCUUCUCAUUGAGUUUGAGUUCUUCGGUGGGUUCAAAGAGUAAGGGUCAUAAAGCUCUCGUCUUGGGAAUAUCAAUUGGAGCUGUUCUUGUGAUUUCUGGGUUUGUUUGUGUGUGCUUGUGGCAUGGUAGACUGAUCAAGAGGAGAAGGAGAGAGAUUGUUUCGGUGGAACAAGGUUUGAGGCCGAGAUUCAGACUGAACACUGGCUCGAUUUGGUUCAAGAUCGAAGAACUAGAGAAGGCGACAAACGAAUUUUCGCAGAAGAAUUUCAUAGGAAGAGGUGGAUUUGGGUUUGUAUACAAAGGGGUCUUACCCGACGGGUCAGUGGUCGCGGUCAAGAAGAUUAUAGAAUCAGAAUUUCAAGGGGAUGCCGAGUUUAGAAACGAGGUUGAGAUUAUUAGCAACUUGAAGCAUAGGAAUCUUGUGCCGCUUAUUGGGUGUAGUAUGGUGGACGAGGACGAGAUUUACGGGAGUGGAAGAUAUCUCGUUUACGAUUACAUGCCUAAUGGAAAUCUUGAUGAUCACUUGUUUCCAUCCGGGGCUCGAAAGAAACUGCUGAAUUGGCCACAAAGGAAGAACAUUGUCUUGGACGUGGCAAAGGGGUUGGCUUAUCUGCAUUAUGGUGUAAAACCCGCGAUUUACCACAGAGAUAUCAAAGGUACAAACAUACUGUUGGACGCUGAUAUGAGGGCAAGGGUAGCGGAUUUUGGUCUCGCUAAACAAAGCCGGGAAGGGCAGUCCCAUCUUACGACCAGAGUGGCUGGAACCCACGGAUACUUAGCCCCUGAAUACGCUCUUUACGGCCAAUUAACAGAGAAGAGCGAUGUGUAUAGUUUCGGAGUUGUUAUAUUGGAGGUAAUGUGUGGGAGGAAAGCUCUUGACUUGUCUACCGAUGGAGGAUUUCUGAUCACAGACUGGGCUUGGUCAUUGGUGAAUGCUGGGAAAACAGACGAAGCCUUCGACCCUUCUUUAACAAAAGAAGACGACGGUUCAGGGAGCUCGAAUGUAAAGGCCGUGAUGGAGAGAUUCUUACGGGUCGGGAUCUUGUGUGCGCAUGUAUUAGUGGCAUUCAGGCCGACCAUUUUAGAUGCAUUGAAAAUGCUGGAAGGGGACAUUGAAGUUCCACAGAUUCCGGAUCGACCAGUUCCACUCUCGCAUCCUUCGUUCAGACAAGACGGGCAUGGACACAGCAGCAUAUGUCCGCGUUAAGUGAGAUACGGAACAGAGAUUCAGCUCAGACAAUCCAGGAAGCUAAGGUGUAAUAUACUAAUCCAUUAAAGUUUCACCAUUUUUUACUGUUAGAAUGGAGGAGGAGGAGAGAUUAGGUUUAUUCAUUGUGUUCUUCGUUUUGACCCAGCCUAUGUAAAAGCUGGCCAAUUUGAUUAAUAACCAAUAAUUGAAUUGAUCUUAAUUGAAUUGAAUCUAAUAUAAAUACCGAAUGAUUACAAUA